CACGCACCACACCACGCACCACGCACCUCGCCCGACUCUCCAGCACGUCCGCGUCCCACCCGCAGCGCCCGACCGUCGACUAUUGCCGCGCCCUGCACGCCGCGCCCGGCCCCGCCGCUGCUAUUCUUAAGCCUGCGCCCGCCCGCCCGCCGUCUGUCUCGCCGCCUCUCGCUCUCGCCCGCCGCUCGCUGCCAGCCCUCCCAGACACGCGCCCUCACACGCCCGCCCGCCGCCUCGCUGUCUCGCCCUCGCCCAGCACCUUGCUCUGCGCUGCCCGCCGCUGCCCGCACCCCCCGUCGCCAGCCGCCGUCCGCCGUCCGCGCUGCUCGCUCGCCCGCGGCCCUCGUCCUGCCCGCGCUCUCUGUCGCGACGCCCGCCGCCCGCCUGCAACCGCCGCCCGCCCGCACUGCCUCCACGGCCCCCGCCCACCAUGUCUCAGCAGCAGAACAAUGGCGAGCCGGUCAUGCGUCGGAAAUUAGUAAUUAUCGGCGAUGGAGCUUGCGGCAAGACUAGUCUUCUCAGCGUAUUCACCCUCGGCUACUUCCCAACCCGUUAUGUUCCCACCGUCUUUGAAAACUACGUCACAGACUGCAGAGUAGACGGCAAGUCGGUCCAGCUGGCCCUCUGGGAUACCGCCGGCCAAGAGGAUUACGAACGCUUACGCCCGCUCGCUUACAGCAAAGCGCAUGUCAUCCUCAUCGGUUUCUCCGUCGACUCACCUGACUCGCUUGAGAACGUCAAGCACAAGUGGGCUGAGGAGGCACGUGAAAGAUGCCAAGGCAUCCCCAUCAUACUCAUUGGCCUGAAGAAGGAUCUCCGCGACGACCCCCUUGCCCAGGAGGAGAUGAGGAAAAAGUCGCUCCGUUUUACCACGCCGAAGCAGGGCAGCGACAUGAAGGAGAUGAUUGGCGCUCGCAAAUACCUUGAAUGCUCCUCGCUGACAGGAGACGGUGUUGACGACGUCUUUGAAGCUGCUACGCGCGCUGCACUAUUGUCCGUCGACAAGAAAGAGGGCGCUGGCUGUGGCUGCGUGGUCCUCUAAAAGGCCAAGCCCUCUGCGAGCUUCUUUCGCGUAUCGUUAGCAUUGGGCGGCGUUAUUUCUUCUUUUGGGCCAUCACCAAAUGCCAGGCGUUCUUAAGCGUCUGCUGCAUCUGUUUCCUGCGUUGUUUGUCUACAUUUCAGUUCGAAAAGCUCCUGUGGCCAUGGUGGUCAGAAUGCUUCAGUUCUCCUGGACAUAUUAAGCAUUAGGGUUGUUGCCAAAGGGCGGACAUGUGGUCUGGCGGACUAAUGACGAUGACGGGCUAUCAUCCGUCGUCACUCUCUGCCUGUAUGGGCGAAGCAUAGCUUUGGGAAAACCUGGUCGGAAUCGGGUACAGCAUAUAACUGCCGAGCGCUAAUUUUAUCACGCAUAACCAU